UUUCUGUUGAACCAAUUCAAAGUAAAAUAAAAUAUACAGUUGGGAUACUGAAUAAUUAUAUUUGGUUUUCUGCCAGUUUGUAUGUUAAGUGACAACUGAAUUUUUUAUGCUUCCUCUUUCCACAGGCACCCCCAUCCAUGGUCAGUCAUGAACAACGUCAACAUGCAGAGCACAUAUUCCUGUCGUUUAGAAAAUCAAAAUCGCCGUUUGCAGUAUGUAAACAUACAUUAGAAACAAGUAAAGUUGACUACGUUCUUUUUCAAGCUGCGACAACCAUAAUGGAAGCGGUUGUACGCGAAUGGGUACUCUUGGAAAAAAGCAGCAUUGAAUCAUUACGAACAUUCCUAUUAACUUACGUCUUACAAAGGCCUAACCUUCAGAAAUAUGUUCGAGAACAGAUAUUAUUAGCAGUAGCAGUAAUUGUAAAGCGAGGCUCAUUGGACAAAACCAUUGUCUGCAACAGCAUCUUCCAUGAAGUCAGCCACUUAAUAAGCAGUGGUAACCCAGCAGUGCAAACAUUGGCGUGUUCAAUCCUCACAGCAUUAUUAAGUGAGUUCUCAAGUUCCACUAAAACCAGCAACAUUGGUCUCAGUAUGGAAUUCCAUGGAAGCUGCAAGAGAAUAUUUCAGGAGGAUGACCUUCGACAGAUAUUUGUUUUGACGGUUGAGGUGCUUCAGGAAUUCAGCCGACGGGAAAACCUCAAUGCCCAGAUGUCUUCUGUAUUUCAGCGUUACCUUGCACUCGCUAACCAAGUCUUGAGCUGGAACUUCCUUCCACCGAAUUUGGGCAGGCAUUAUAUAGCUAUGUUUGAAUCCUCCCAAAAUGUGAUGUUGAAGCCAACAGAAUCCUGGCGAGAGACACUUCUGGACAGCAGAGUUAUGGAUCUUUUCUUUACAGUACAUCGUAAAAUCAGAGAAGAUUCUGACAUGGCUCAGGAUUCGUUGCAGUGCUUGGCACAGCUGGCCUCUGUCCAUGGACCUAUAUUUCCUGAUGAGAGAGCACAGAUUGAUUACCUGGCUCAUUUUAUUGAAGGAUUACUCAACAUGAUUAAUGGGAUAGAAAUCGAGGAUUCUGAAGCUGUGGGCAUUUCCAAUGUUAUGAGCAACUUAAUUUCAGAGUUCCCACGCAGUAUCUUAACUGCCAUUCCAAGUGAACUAUUUUCUUCAUUCAUAAACUGCCUCACACAUCUCACCUGCUCUUUUGGAAAGAGUGCUGCCCUGGAAGAAGUAUUGGACAAAGAUGACAUGGUGUAUAUGGAGGCAUACGAUAAAUUACUUGAGUCGUGGCUUACACUUGUACAAGACAAUAAGCAUUUCCAUAAAGGGUUUUUCACUCAACAUGCUGUACAAGUUUUUAAUUCCUACAUUCAAUGCCACUUGGCAGCACCAGAGGGCACAAGAAACUUGACCACCAAUGGUGUAACAUCACGCGACGAGGAAGAAAUCAGUGAAAUUCAAGAAGAUGAUCGAGAAAUGUUCUCUGACCAGUUGGCAAGUAUCGGCAUGCUAGGAAGAAUAGCAGCAGACCACUGCAUACCUCUUCUUAUAAGCUUAUUAGAAGAUAGAGUAACAAGACUUCAUGGUCAGCUACAAAGGCAACAACAGUUUCUUUCAUCACCAGGGCCAGCAUCAUUGGAUAAUAAAGUACUGGAUGAUUUGUAUGAGGAUAUUCAUUGGUUACUUUUAGUCGCGGGCUACCUCUUAGCUGAUGAUACUCAGGGAGAGACUCCUCUUAUACCUCCAGAGAUAAUGGAAUAUUCCAUUAAACAUGCCACUGAAGUUGACAUUAACACAACACUUCAGAUUCUUGGUUCUCCAGGAGAAAAGGCUUCCUCCAUCCCAGGAUGUAACAGAACAGAUUCUGUAAUUAGGUUGUUAGCUGCUGUUCUGAGAGUUUCGGAAGUUGAAUCUCGAGCCACUAGGGCAAACUUGGCAGAACUCCUUAGUCCACAAAUGGGAAAAGAUAUAAUGUGGUUCCUGAAACGGUGGACAAAGACCUACCUUUUAGUAGAUGAAAAGCUUUAUGAUCAGAUAAGUUUACCAUUAAGUACAGCAUUUGGUGCAGACACUGAAGGUGCUCAGUGGAUUGUCGGUUACCUUCUAGAAAAAGUUAUCAGUAAUCUUUCAGUAUGGAUUGCAGAACAGGAUCUGGCAAAUGACACAGUCCAACUCCUUGUAACUCUAGUAGAGAGGAGAGAACGGGCUAAUUUAGUAAUAAAAUGUGAAAAUUGGUGGAAUUUGGCAAAACAAUAUGCAAGUCGAAGUCCACCACUAAACUACCUUCCCAGCUGUGUGCAGCGAACAUUGAUGAAAGCGCUAGUUUUGGCAGGGUUUGCUCAUGUGGAUACAGAAACAAAACAACAGUAUUGGACAGAGGUUCUCCAGCCACUCCAACAGCGAUUUCUUAAUGUUAUCAACCAAGAAAACUUUCAGCAAGUCUGUCAGGAAGAAGAGGUAAAACAGGAGAUCAUUGCUACACUGGAGGCACUUUGUGGAAUAGCUGAAGCAACACAAAUAGACAACGUGGCCAUUCUCUUCACCUUUUUAAUGGACUUUCUCAAUAAUUGCAUUGGUUUAAUGGAAAUUUACAAGAAUACACCUGAGACUGUUAACUUGAUCAUAGAAGUUUUUGUUGAAGUCGCACAUAAACAAAUCUGCUACCUUGGAGAGUCAAAAGCCAUGAAGUUGUACGAAGCUUGUCUGACGCUACUACAGGUUUACUCUAAGAACAGCUUAGGCAGGAAAAGGACUGAUGUGGCAGCAGAAGAAGAACAGUAUCAAGACUUGUUACUCAUUAUGGAACUUCUGACUAAUCUCCUAUCAAAGGAGUUUAUCGACUUCAGUGACACAGAUGAAGUAUUCCGUGGUCAAGAACCUGGACAGCCUGGAAACAGAUCAGUGUCAGCUGCUGAUGUAGUCCUUUAUGGAGUGAAUAUUGUACUGCCACUUAUGUCACAAGACUUACUAAAGUUCCCAUCAUUGUGUAACCAGUAUUACAAAUUAAUCACCUUCAUCUGUGAGAUAUUUCCAGAGAAAAUACCGCAACUUCCUGAAGAACUUUUUAAGAGUCUUAUGUACUCUUUGGAAUUGGGGAUGACUUCAAUGACGUCUGAAGUUUCCCAGCUAUGUUUGGAAGCCCUCACACCUUUGGCUGAAACAUGUGCAAAGGCUCAAGAGGCAGAAUCACCACUCUUCGCUGCAACCAGGCAUUUUCUCAAGCUCGUCUUUGACAUGCUGGUAUUGCAGAAGCACAGUGCGGAACUCACUGAUGCUGCAGGUGAAGCCUUCUACACAUUAGUAUGUCUGCAUCAGGCUGAGUAUUCAGAAUUAGUUGAAACUCUACUAUCAAGCCAGCAGGAUCCAGUUAUAUAUCAACGAUUAGCAGAUGCCUUCAACAGUCUUACUGGAAGCAGCACUCCCCCUACACUAGACCGCAAACAGAGGAUGGCCUUCCUAAAAAGUCUUAAAGACUUUAUGGCAAAUGUUGGUGGUCUUUUAUGUGUUAAAUAGCCUCGAGCUGCAAAGUCCUUUGUUGAAAAUGCACUGUAAAGCAUGGAAAUCAAAGCUGACUGAAUUUUAUACCUGUUUCAAGGCUGUUGCCUGCCAUCUUGGAUUUUAGACACUCAGGAUAAUUGGUCUAAUCCUACCAUAUUAAAACAGAAGGAUGAACCCACCACUAUUCAGUUGCCAGUAUUUCUUAGCCAUGAUUUGUCAUAUAAUCUAAUUGUUUACUUAAAAAAUGAAAAGUGUAUUUUAAAGAAUUCCGGUAUGUAUGGAUGAAUGGGCACAGUGAAUGAAUCCAGUGCCUUUUCAUGUCUGGUUUAAGCCAGCUGCCCAAUGGCCAGAUAAACUGUCUUAUUGUUUAUAUUUGAGCCCUUGUUUUGAGGGAAUCACUGUAGACAAAAUACACAGCUAUAAAUGCUGUGGCUGAAAUUAGCUUUAUUUUUUUCCAGCAUAUGAAUUUAUUUGUGACCUGAAGAAAACACCAAAUUGUAGCAUUUGAAUCUUGAUUUUAUUUCCAUAUCAGGCAGUGAUCACGUAGUACACAAUAUUUCAGAUUCACUUUGUACUGCCUGCUAUUGAGAAUAAAGUAUAUAUUUUUGCUUCCCAACCGUGAACUUUAGGAAUUGUAACCAGUUGCCUUAUUUUCUGUAAAUAUGAAACCUUUGUGUUUUGAAAUACCUGAAACUGGAUUGCCAAAGUGGCAACUUUUGUGUUGUUCUUUUUUCUUGUAAUUUUCCCUUCCCAAAAAGGAAAAGUUGCUCAUUGUUUGUUGUCAAAAGUAGUAUUAACAUUUACAUAAAAAUUGGAAGUCAUCAUUCUGGAUACUAAAUUAAGCCAUUUAAGUUCUACAUUAAAGCUUAAAGGAAUUUACUUGUUCAACAAAACAAAAUUUUAAACCCGAACUGUCACACUGCUAGGUUCUUGUGUCUGUUUAAGCAAUAAUGAAUUCUAGGGUGUGAAUUUUUCAAAAGUGCACACCAGGAUAAACUGGGCAUUAGUUUAAAAACAAACUCUAGUUUAUGCUGUUGUAUAGUCAAUCAAACUUUUAACACUUUCAGAAUAAAUGUAAAUAAACUGUUGGGCAUUUUGUUUGUGACAAAUUUGCCUUGACUAGCUGUUGGACAACAAAUCACAAUAUAGAUACAUGAGUAACUGCAUAUUAUACUGCACAGCAUAUUCAGGACUCCAAAAAUGAAACUAAUCAGGAUGAGAGAAUUGAGAAUGAACAUGCAAGUUUUAAAUAUAGGGAUGAAGUGAACAAAGCUUGUGGUCACCAUUUAAAAAAGUGAAACAGAAAAUGUGCAGUAGGUCACUGAGCAUCUGAAAGAGAAAGAUUUUGGAUGUGAUCGGUUCUAAUGAAAGCCUCAAUCCGAAAUUGUUCCCUUUUCAAUGUUAAUUAACUUACUGUGUAUUUUCAUUCCAGUAUUGGUGUCUUUUUUAAUGCUCUCUCAAGAAGAAAGAGGAUCCUCAUUGAUGAACUUGUACAGGUUGUAUGUCGAAACUACUGAAGAAAAUAAUUGUACUUGGCUUAGUUUCUUUUGAGGCCAGCAAACCAAUUAAGUGAAUUUUGUAUGGAUCUCUCAACACACUCAAUUUAAAAUAAAAUUAAAGUAGCUAAUGGAAUAGUUGCUGCAUUUUUGUUUUGUUUUUCACUUCUAGAAUAUCAGACCUAAUUUACUAAGGAGAAAAUAUACACUUGAAAAUCUCUGUAGACAGUGUAGUAGUUCAAUUUUCUGUAGGAAACUAAUUUAUUUUGCUUUGUAGUAUUUCCAAAAUGCCAGUGCUCUUCAAAAAUAUCCUGUUUUGUUUGAAGGUUCUUUUAGCUGACCAAUGGCACAAUUCUGUUUGACCGCUUACCACCUUAGGACUUCAAAACUCAAUGUACAAAGUGAAGGUUAUUAUUUAACGAUGAAACAUUUGAAUCAGCAUUCUACAUUAUUUUCAGCUACUUUGUUUAUUUUAAAUUAAGUCUGUACUGAUUUUUGAAAGCUGGCCAGUAACAUGGUUAAAGAACAUGCUGGGAACCAUAUCAAUUGAUUGUGUUUUUUAAUCAAAUUAUUAUUAAUAUAAGCAUGCCAUGUUUGUGCAUCUGUUCUAAGAAAAGGUGAGUGAAUAUGAGUGCUUGAAAUCAGCAUUCUUUUUGGUGUUCAGCAUAUUUUAUUCCAAAUGCAAAUAGUACAUGUCAACCAUUGCAAUAAUUUGCAUCAAUGUUCCUCCUUUUUUUGGAUUAUCAUCAUGGAAAUUUGUGAUAAAUAAAAAUCCUGUUUGAGGAACACAGCAUCUGUGGAGAGAGAAACUGAGUUAACGUAUCCAGUCCAAUGUCAUUCUUCAGAACCCUGAAGUUCCCACUUCAGAAAAUGAGUCAUAUUAGACUCAAAACAUUUAACUCUGUUUCUCUUUCUCUCCAGAUGCUGCCAGAUCUGUUGAGUUUCUUAACUUUUUGUAUUUUUUAUUUCAGAUCUUCAACAUCGCAGGUUUUUGUUUUCUUUAGUGUAAAUUGGUGAUAACUAUUUUGAUAUACCAGAAGAUUGUGAUACUUAAAUCAAGUUUGAAGGAGUUGUAUGUGUACAAAUUGUACCUUAUUGGAAGAUAAUACAAAGUUUCAACUAAUUUAAGCACAAAAUGUAGCUUAAAAUGUUACCUAACAAAAAUGAACAUUGAUUUUCCCUAUUUUCCCUACCCAUUCCCUUCAUUUAUGGUUCUGGAAGAUGUACUCUUUAGUUUACCCAUCAAAAAUGAUUUUACUGGAUUACAAGAUGAGAUGAUCAGUACGAUGAACUAAUGAAUCUUCUUUGCCGCGUAUGUUCCAUAGCAGAGUAGUACACCUUAUGCAAAUUUCAUGAUAGUGAUAAGGCAACCUGAUUGUAUGUCUGAACUGUUUGUACCAACAGAAUAUUGCAAAUACAUGCUGAAGACAGAUUCUUUUAGUGAUGGAAAUAGAACCUACUGUGUUAGAUACAGAAAAGUGGGGUGGUAGAGAAAGAGAUGUAUUGUACAGAUUUACUCAGCAGUCGCUUAAUGUUGUAUUGUGUUGGAAUGUAUGUUCAAAAGGAUGGUUGGACUCGGUAUAAAUUCGAAGUCCAUGAAAAGUUAUAUUACCAUUUUAUCAUGUUAUUCAAAUAGCUUCUAUCCUACACAAGGUUAAACUGCUGAAACUAUUUUGUUGGCUAAGUUAAUCAUCAAAUUUAAAUUAAAUUGCUAAAAGCCAAGUUGUGCUUAAACAAUUAAAACUUGUAUAAAAAUAAGUUAUAGAUAAAGGAUUAAUGCCUAUUCACUAUUGGCUGUGAUACUUUAAACAUUUCUAAAUAAUGCCACAUUUUAGUUGCAAUUCCAUGGUUUCAGUCCCUACUCUGACCAGGAAUAUCUAGGACUGUUGAACAAAAGUAUUUAACUAUGCUGUGAAAUACUGCAGGUCAAGAAAAUGGAAAUACUCUGUUGAUUGCUGCCAUGUGACAACUACUGUGACUUUUUUUUUAAUUCUUCUGGGAUUUGUCUUGAAUGAAUCAUAGCUUUUCUUGAUGUGUAACCAGUUUGUGUGGUUAUGCAUUAGGUAACAACUGUGAUGCAUUUAAAUGAUUAGUCUUCUGUUUUGUGCAUUGUUUUGUACUACUUGUGAUUUAUUUUGUCAUGUUUUAUUACAUCCUAAUGUGUGCAAGCACCAUUUUAUGUACAUUAUUUUAUAGAAAUUUUGAUCAUUUAAAUUCUUUUUAAUUGCACAUAGAAGGAAUUGUAAAAGUUUGAGGAUAUGUUUUGGGGAUGUCUCGCCUAAAAUGUAUCAUAUAAGUGUUCUUAUAUAAAAAUAUAAUGUCUUGGUGCAGUUGAGUUCAGUGAAAUUCUGACUAUUGCAUAGUCUACCCUUCUUGCAUAGUACAAGAUACAUUUUUAAAAACAAAACUCCACAUGGAAUGUUUCUCUGUAUAUAUGCGGUAACGACCAAAUAAACUUUGGCUGCUGUUUAAAUAAUCUGUCACAAUAAAAUUUGGUUUUGUUUC